GUUUCUUUGGAGAAGAAAAACCUUAAGAUGGCAGGCAAAGGAAGUAACAGAGACUGCAUGUCAUGCAGUGUACUGAACUGGGAGCAGGUCAGCCGUCUGCAUGAGGUUCUUACAGAGGUGGUUCCGAUCCAUGGACGAGGUAACUUCCCGACACUGAAGCUAACUCUGAAGGACAUUGUUCAGACUGUUCGGAGUAGGCUGAGUGAAGCAGGCAUUGUGGUACAUGAUGUCCGUCUGAAUGGCUCUGCAGCUGGUCAUGUCCUGGUCAAGGAUAAUGGGCUGGGAUGCAAAGACCUGGAUCUCAUUUUUCAAGUUUCUCUUCCAAGUGAGGCAGAGUUUCAGUUAGUUCGAGAUGUGGUGUUGCGAUCCCUCUUGAAUUUCUUGCCAGAAGGAGUAAGCAAGCUAAAAAUCAGUCCAGUAACACUGAAGGAAGCCUACAUCCAGAAGCUAGUCAAAGUGUACACAGAAUCUGACCGCUGGAGCUUGAUAUCACUUUCCAACAAACAUGGUAGGAAUGUGGAGUUGAAGUUUGUAGACUGUAUAAGACGACAGUUUGAGUUCAGUGUGGACUCUUUCCAAAUCAUACUGGACUCCCUGCUCUUUUACUAUGACUACUCAGAAACCCCCAUGUCAGAACAUUUCCAUCCAACUGUGAUCGGGGAGAGCAUGUAUGGAGACUUUGAAGCAGCUUUUGAUCACCUCCAGAACAAGCUGAUAGCUACCAAAAAUCCUGAAGAGAUCAGAGGUGGUGGGCUUCUGAAGUAUAGUAACCUCUUAGUACGGGACUUCAGGCCCAUGGAUAAGGAUGAGAUCAAAACAUUAGAGCGCUACAUGUGCUCCCGAUUCUUCAUAGACUUUCCAGACAUCCUGGAUCAGCAGCGCAAACUAGAGACCUACCUCCAGAACCACUUCUCCAAAGAAGAAAGGAGCAAAUAUGACUACCUCAUGAUUCUGCGCAGGGUGGUGAAUGAGAGCACAGUCUGUCUCAUGGGACAUGAGCGAAGGCAGACUCUCAACUUGAUUUCGCUGCUGGCACUCAAAGUACUGGCAGAACAAAACAUCAUCCCUAAUGCCACUAAUGUUACCUGUUAUUACCAGCCAGCACCUUAUGUUAGUGAUGUAAACUUCAGCAACUACUAUCUUGCAAAUGCUCCUGUGCCGUACAGCCAGUCCUACCCCACUUGGUUGCCUUGCAAUUGAUUGUUUCGCUUGAGUGUUCUUGAGUAGAUGGAGGCUACUGAAGGCCAACAUGCUGAGUGUAUAUAGAUAAGAAAUAACUGUUAGUUGGAGGUUUUCUAAUGGAAACAUGACUGCAUCGGACUGUCCAUUUCCUGGUGUGUGGUAGGAAUAUGCAACCAGGUGACCAGCUAUGAACCUUUCAGUAUAUCUCUACAAAUGCCAAGAAGCCUUAUUACCUCUUCAUUAGAAGAGAACCAGCAGCCAAAUGUUAAGAGUAGUAGUUACAAAACUCUGUACUAGUUCUGGAAGUGGCUAUUAACAUGUGAUCUAAGUGGAGUAUUCAGUAAACCAGGUUAGUUAGUAGAGGAAAGACUGUAAAAUGUCUUGAGUGGAGCAGAAGCCACUUGUGGAAUAGCAGCAAAACUCUCUGCUUUCUAUUGCCUAACCUCAUUACUCUACACUUCCUCAGUUCAAGUUCUGGCCAGCUUUCUAUUGAACUAAUUGUGCUUGUGUCAUGCUUGGGCUGCUUCUACUUUCUGGCUGGACAGAACUGGUAACAGAAUGGAUACUGUCUGUCUUAUAGAGGGCCUAAAUGUUCUUUCCUGUAGUACCUAGGGAUAUAUGGUCCUGCCUCAAGUUCAAGAUUAAUUUCUUGGAAGUUGAAGAUGGAUUAGUAAAUCUAUCUCUAAAGCAUAAGCUGGCUAAACUUUUCUUGAGUACAAAAAUUUGGAAGGUGGCAUCUCUAAACAUGCACCAAAACACACUCUGAAACUUGCUAAUGUGAAAAGUCCUUGAAAUGAGGAAUUGAAGCCUGAAAUAGAA